AUGGCGGCUCUAAACACACUCCCAAAUGAGAUCCUCUCGCUAAUCACGAGACAUCUUGACCGUCCCAAAGAUGUUCUCAAUCUCUCGCUAGUAUGUCGUCGUCUAGGCGACUUUGCAAAGCUCGACGGGUGGAAAGCUUUGCUCAAAGGCCGAUUUGGCUUUGGUGGGCUCGACUCAGAUGCUCGUGUCGCCGUCCAUGGCCUCACGACAUUAUAUCGCAACUGGAACCGCAAAGGCUUCAUUGCAGCAUACUUGGAGCCCAUGAGGAAUACCACAAGUCUCAACACCUGGCGGCCUGAAAGAUGGAGACCCCCACAGGGGCAAACUAUGGGCUAUCAACCCAGCAUCGACAGCUAUGAAGAGAUGUACGGUGGUUGGGGAGAGCGACGAGAAGUACUGGCAUGGUCGGCGGGCACGCAAAUCAUUUUGAGGAUAAAAGAAACUGGUGCAAACAUAGAGAAGAUCAGGCAACACGAACAGGAUCUGGAAGACGCGCCUGACCAGACGUGGGCUUACGACUCUUUCAAACACCUGAACACGUGGUUCACGUACAGAAUCCCCGACAGUUUUGAAGGCCGCGAUGAUAUCACCCGACUGAAGCUGCUCCGGCCGCAUCAGCGGAAUUUGGCUUGCGAAGACAUGGUUUUCGGGACUGCAUCGGGCGAACUGUCGCUACUUAGUGUCAACCCUGGCAUAGACGAGACACUUGUACAGCAGUACGAAACCGGCCGCAGAGGUGUAAAUGGUCUUUCGGUAUCUUCUUCAAGCGCGCCCGUGGUGGCCGCUGCACUAGCAGACUCAUCGUUAGCGUUGUAUGCUGUAGAUCGCGACCACACGUCGCAAGAAAAGAUCAAACCCGCCUCCGAAGUCAAGACGACAUCGGCAGGUACAGAAUAUGGCGGGCUAUGGUCUUGCGAGUUUCUGUCCAACGAUAAGAUUGCCGUAGCCCGGAAAGCACACGUAGAACCAAUCGAGGUAUACCAUAUUGGCCCUGACGGCCUCAUGCCUGUGCCCCUUCGCAGCUUUAAUAUUGUCACCGACAAUGCAGCCACUCCGCGCCCUAUGUCAGUUUACUCAAUACUCACCAUACCAAGCACACCACACGGUAGCUUAGACGGAGGCAACACAUUCCUCUCCGGCGGCUAUGACGGCCUCAUCCGCCUGCACGACCUGCGUUCUUCCCGCGGUUUCGAGCAGAUAUACAGAGACCCAACCGACACCUCACCCAUCUACUCCCUCGCCGCCCAAGGCACACAACGCAUCGUAGCCGGCGUAGCCGUCCACUCCCUAAUCAAAGUCUUCGACCUCCGCCUCUCUGGCUCCCGCACCUACACAGCGAUCCCCUUAUCCACUCCGAAAAAACAAUCCAAGCCCCGGAUCUCCAACAACACCAACACUUCCUCAGUAAAAUCAAUAUCCGAAGGCUGGAACCUCUACCUCCACCCCCGCGACCCUCCACCCCGCACCGCCUACCGCGCCGACUUCUCCACCCUCCGCCAAGAAUCCCCCGUCUACGCCUUAUCCAUCCCCUCCCCGACAUCCCCUUCUCUCUACGCAGGCACCGAAGGCGCAGUUCACACCCUAACCUUCCACGGCAUCGCCGAUCCGUACCCAGACCCCCUUCUCGCCCAGUCCCUCGUUCGCUUCCACGAUACGGACGUUAUUGAUCCGCGGGCGUCGUAUAAUGCGACGGGCACGGCGCUCGUGCUCGGGAUGUACGAGCAAGGGACUGAGGAGUGUAUUGGGAUGGAGUUGAUGGUACAGGAUGGGGUUACGGGGAGGGCGGCGAGGAGGAGGGCCGAGGGAAGGGGAAAGGUAGUGGAUGAGCGGUGGAUUGAUCUUAAGGAGAGAGAGGAGAUGUGGGUUAGAGGGGAAGUGGUGCCUAGAGGGCAUAAUCCGCGGGUGCCGGGGCAGAGACGGAGGAGAAGGGGGAGAGGAAGGGGUGGGUAA